AUGCCACGACUAAAGGCCGCGACUGUUUCUGAUCAGACGAACCGGAAGCGAAAGCGAAAGACUCACGACGAUGGCGAGACCCCAGUUCCUGAAGGCGCAGAGCCUGACGAUGUGCUCGAAGCCACGACUACUACAACCGUACCCACGAAGACGCACGACGGGGGAAAGAAGCCGCGGCGCAUUUCAAAGAAAAACGGCACCGAUAAACCGACUCUUGCGCGACAAAGCUCUUUCACAGUCGUCGAAACCUCGAUACCGUGGCCAGACCACUUUACAAAGCUAGCUCAAGUACAUCGCGCAUUGAACCUGGUGUAUACAUUUCUGUGCACGCGCAAGCACCUGGCGACGACGCUUGACAAUCUAAAAAGCACAGUCGAGGGGAACAUACAAAGAGAGCUGCUGGUUGAGGAUGUGGCUCAGAUCACGGCAUUGAUCCCAAAGGCGAUCAACUUUGCAUAUGUGGACGAAGCGAUGCUCCAGAUCAACUUGAUGGGCUCGGAAGACAACCUACACGGAAGACGCACAACAGACUUUGCUAUACUCGAGCCCGAACCAGAACGAGGCGAACACAAGGAGGUGUUGCUGUUCGAGUUCAUCGACGGCGAUUUGAAGCGCCAGGUCCAGCAUAAGAAGACAGGAGAGCCUACCAAGGCCACGACCAAGCUGCGGAAUGAAGACCUCAAGAUGCCGGUGUUCAGUCAGAAGCAGAUGAUGAACUUGAUUGAAAAGAGGAACGCCAAGUUUACUUCGGCGAUUAAUGCUUUCUUGAACCAGUGCGCCGAAGAGAGUGUCGAUGCGGUUGAAAAGAUCAAGGAGGUGUCACGGGCUUUUAUUCCGAUGCCGGCUGAGAGUAGGGCGUCAACUCCUGGUCCAGAGAAAUCAUUACUUCCGUCCUCGAUACCUACAGAACGCAAGCCUAUCCCGGAAAUCCUGAACGAAAUCAAGACGCUUGACUGGUAUACUGGCCAAAUUGUACCAGAUGGCCAUCGUGUCUUUGAUCCUCAGGAACCUGUGUAUGGUGAUCUCAACUUUGCCAUGUCGCAGAAUCUCGUCAACGCUCUUUACAAUACGAAGAACAUUACCCAGUUGUACGCGCACCAGGCGGAAGCAAUCAACAAUCUCUACGAUGGCCACAAUGUGAUUGUGUCUACAUCGACGAGCUCUGGUAAGUCGCUAAUCUAUCAAAUACCGGUGCUGCAUCAGCUAGAGCAAGAGCCGAAUACCAGAGCCAUGUACAUUUUUCCUACUAAGGCACUGGCUCAAGAUCAGAGGAAAAGCAUGAAGGAGCUUCUGCGGUUCAUGCCUGGAUUUGAGGAUGUUCUGGUCGAGACUUUCGAUGGCGAUACGCCAAUGGGUGACCGUAACUAUAUCCGCGAUGAAGGGCGCAUCAUUUUUACAAAUCCCGACAUGCUGCACAUCAGCAUUCUACCGCAAGAAGAUUCAUGGCGCACGUUUCUGCAAAAUCUCCGGUUUGUGGUGGUGGACGAGCUGCAUGUAUACAACGGGCUGUUUGGGGCACAUAUGGCAUUCAUCAUGCGCCGCCUGCGAAGGAUAUGUGCGGCUGUGGGAAACCGCCACGUCAAGUUCAUCUCGUGCUCGGCUACGGUUGCAAAUCCAGAAGAGCAUAUGAAGACCAUCUUCGGAGUCGAACAAGUCAAGUUGACGGAUUUUGAUGGAUCGCCUUCUGGUCGCAAAGAGUUUGUUUGCUGGAACACGCCGUUCAAAGACCCCGGAGACCCUACCUCUGGGCGCGGGGACUGCAUGGCCGAGACGGCAAAGCUGUUCUGUCAGCUCAUGCUAAGAGGAGUCAGGACCAUUGCAUUCUGUCGUGUACGAAAACAGUGCGAGGCGUUACUGGCAGCUGUCAAGACGGAACUGACGAACCUGGAAAGACCCGAAGUCAUCCCGCGGGUCAUGUCGUAUCGAGGUGGAUAUACGCCACAAGACAGGCGAGAGAUUGAACGGGAGAUGUUUGACGGAAAGCUCUGUGGCAUCGUGGCUACGAGUGCGCUCGAGCUCGGUGUGGAUAUCGGAUCUUUGGAUGCAGUUGUUACCGUGGGCUUCCCAUACACGAUUGCCAAUCUUCGCCAGCAGAGCGGACGUGCUGGCCGAAGAAACAAGGACUCUCUAUCAGUGUUGGUUGGCGACUGCUUUCCUACCGAUCAAUACUACAUGUCCAACCCAGACGAAAUCUUCACGAAACCAAACUGCGCACUGCAGGUCGAUCUGGAGAACAUGCUUGUUGUGGAAGGCCAUGUUCAAUGCGCCGCCCACGAGAUGCCGAUCAACGUGGAAGCUGAUAUGGACUAUUUUGGCCCUCUGCUUCCCAAGAUUGCCCGCGAGCGCAUGCGCCGUGACGACGAAGGCUUCUACCACGUCAAUCCGCGCUUCCUUCCCCAGCCCUCUCGCACGGUGGCGAUCCGUGAUACAGAAGAGGAUCACUUUGCCAUAAUCGACACGACAAAUGGCAAAAACACUGUUCUUGAAGAGCUGGAGGCCAGCAGGGCUUUCUUUACGCUGUAUGAAGGUGGUAUUUUCUUACACCAAGGCAACACGUAUCUGGUCAAGGAGUUCUCCCCCGAGCGGAUGCUUGCAAAGGUCGAGCACGUCAAGGUGGAUUGGACAACGCAGCAGCGUGACUACACGGACAUUGACCCUGUUGAGACUGAAGCCAUACGCCGGAUCCCUGGGUCACGGUCAAAAGCUUUCUACGGACCGAUCAAGAUUCAGCAGGUUGUGUACGGCUUCUUCAAGCUCGACAAAAGACGGCGGAUAUUGGAUGCCGUGCAAGUUGAUAACCCGCCCAUUGUCCUCUUCAGCAAGGGGAUGUGGCUCGACGUGCCCAAGUCGGCCAUGGAUAUUCUCAGGUCACGGCGGCUCAACAUUGCAGCCGGCAUUCAUGCUGCAGAGCACGCAGUUCUGUGUCUGAUGCCCAAUUUUGUCAUUUCGAUGCCGGGCGACGUGCGGACAGAAUGCAAAGUACCUGAAAAGGAGUUUUUGCAAAAGGAAUCGACGAGGAAGCGGCCAGCGCGGCUUACCUUUUACGAUGCAAAGGGGGGCGCAAGUGGUUCUGGGAUCAGCACUAAAGCGUUUGAGUUUGUGGACACGCUGCUUCACCAGGCGUGCCAGAGGCUGACUACCUGUCACUGUCUGGAGGGGUGCAAUGAAUGCUGCAAUGACGAUGCGUGCAAGCAGUCGAACCAAGUCAUGUCCAAGGCGGGUGCCAUGGUCAUCAUCAUGUGUCUGCUGGGCAAGGAAAGACAAAUCGACGUCGACGCGCUGCCCUGGGGCGAGGAGGAUGUAGAGCAGGGCUUCGACACGGUGGUCGAGGCAGCGGGGGUAAGGAUGGCAGAGGGCAGGGUCAGGGAUGGUGGGACGUUGCCUGGGGAGGGCGACGAUGAGAAGAUGGUGAGGGCGAAGCUUGUCGAUGGCGUGUGGAUCAAGGAGGAAGAAGACGACGAGGAUCAUUUCAGCAGGAGCAUACACAUGUACCGGGGAGAGCGGACGUUUAUUGGGGUGCACCGAUAG